GUAAGUUCCUGAGCUAUGUACUGCAUGUAUGGGUGUGGGUGAUCAGUCCGGGCAGUGAUAGGGAACAGCGAUGAGCAUAUCACAUGCAGCUUCUUCUUAGAGAAAGGACACGGCUCUACUGGACAUCAGACAAUGGGGUCUUCUGGUACAACUAUUGAAGCUGUACCCAGAACAGAAAUCAUAUGGACUUCCAGGGCACAGACCUAAGCAGAGCGAGCUACAACAUAUGAAUGAGCUACAACAUCUGCUACAACUAUGACAAAUCACACAGCAAUUUUUCAGUCUACAGGAUGAAUAGCAUUAACACAGAAUGAUGAGGCGUCAGUCCUGUCAAACUAAUCUGAUCGAUGUCUAGAAGCAGAAAGUAAGUUCCAUGUAGGACCAAGAAAAUAAUGUGGAUUUAAUACUGUGCCACAAAAAAAGCAUAUAUCUGAAAGUCUGGCUGUCUCUAUAUUGGUUGUACGAUUGCUGAUCCAUCCUCCCACAGGUUGUUUUUAAUCAGUGUGAUAUAUAGCUGAGUCUUUUCCUACUCAUUGGAGGUCUUCUGGCGUAGAGCAAGGUUUAUAUUAUUGGCAUCAAUAUUCUGUCAUAGGUAUCUGCAGGAGCAAAUACAUUCAUGAUUCCACAUGAAUCCAUGAAAAAAAUAAAAAUAAAAUCUGAGUGUUUCCAUACGACAUUGGAGGCAGACGAAGAUACAUGCAGUAUGCACCUAUAGAUUGCUAUGGUGAGACAACUGUGGCUUCUAGCACAACAUCAGCGUCUUCAUCAUCUAAGACAACUACUGAAGCUAUAACAAGCACAAAGACCAUAUGGACUUCCAGCACACCGGACUCACCACAACCAACUACAAGACCUGAAAGCAACACUACUGCGACUACAACACUGCAUCCCAUGACAGCUUCACAGUUUGUAACUACAGGUUUACAGACAACUACAGACUUGACAGGUGAGACAACUGUAGCUUCUAGCACAACAUCAGCGUCUUCAUCAUCUAAGACAAGUACUGAAGCUAUAACAAGCACAAAGACCAUAUGGACUGCCAGCACACCGGACUCACCACAACCAACUACAAGAUCUGAAAGCAACACUACUGUGACUACAACACUGCAUACAAUGGCAGCUUCACAGUUUGUAACUACAGGUUUACAGACAACUGCAGACUUGACAGCCAAAACAGGUGAGACAACUGUGGCUUCUAGCACAACAUCAGGGUCUUCAUCAUCUAAGACAACUACUGAAGCUAUAACAAGCACAAAGACCAUAUGGACUGCCAGCACACCAGACUCACCACAACCAACUACAAGACCUGAAAGCAACACUACUGCGACUACAACACUGCAUUCCAUGGCAGCUUCACAGUUUGUAACUACAAGUUCAAAUACAGGAUUGCUAGGUGAGAAAACUGUAUCUCCUAGCACAACAUCAGCGUCUUCAUCAUCUAAGACAACUACUGAAGCUAUAACAAGCACAAAGACCAUAUGGACUUCCAGCACACUGGAGUCACCACAACCAACUACAAGACCUGAAAGCAACACUACUGUGACUACAACACUGCAUCCAACGGCAGCUUCACAGUUUGAAACUACAGGUUUACAGACAACUACAGGCUUCACUGGUGAGACAACUGUGGCUUCUAGCACAACACCAGCAUUUUCAUCAACUAAGACAACUACUGAAGCUAUAACAAGCACAAAGACCAUAUGGACUGCCAGCACACCGGACUCACCACAACCAACUACAAGAAAUGAGAGCAACACUACUGCGACUACAACACUGCAUUCCAUGGCAGCUUCACAGUUUUUAACUACAAGUUUACAGACAACUACAGGCUUGACAGAUAAGACAACUGUAGCUCCUAGCAUAAAAUCAGCAUCUUCAUCAUCUAAGACAACUACUGAAGCUAUAACAAGCACAAAGACCAUAUGGACUGCCAGCACACCGGACUCACCACAACCAACUACAAGACCUGAAAGCAACACUACUGUGACUACAACACUGCAUCCAACGGCAGCUUCACAGUUUGUGACUACAGGUUUACAGACAACUGCAGACUUGACAGGUGAGAAAAUUGUAUCUCCUAGCACAACAUCAGAGUCUUCAUCAUCAAAGACAACUACUGAUGCUAUAACAAGCACAAAGACCAUAUGGACUGCCAGCAUACUGGAGUCACAACAGCCAACUACAAGACCUGAAAGCAACACUACUGCGACUACAACACUGCAUCCCACGGCAGCUUCACAGUUUGCAACUACAGGUUUACAGACAACUACAGACUUGACAAGUGAGACAACUGUGGCUUCUAGCACAACAUCAGCAUUUUCAUCAACUAAGACAACUACUGAAGCUAUAACAAGCACAAAGACCAUAUGGACUGCCAGCACACCGGACUCACCACAACCAACUACAAGAUCUGAGAGCAACACUACUGCGACUACAACACUGCAUUCCAUGGCAGCUUCACAGUUUUUAACUACAACUUUACAGACAACUACAGGCUUGACAGAUAAUACAACUGUAGCUCCUAGCAUAAAAUCAGCAUCUUCAUCAAUAUCAAAGACAAGUACUGAAGCUAUAACAAGCACAAAGACCAUAUGGACUUCCAGCACACCGGACUCACCACAACCAACUACAAGACCUGAAAGCAACACUACUGCGACUACAACACUGCAUACAACAGCAGCUUCACAGUUUGUAACUACAGGUUUACAGACAACUGCAGACUUGGCAGGAGAAAUAGUGAACGUCACGGUGUACAACAUCAUCGCCACUUCUGUAUCUUUCAAGUUAAAGAAAACAGAUGGAAAUGAAAGUUCUUAUCUAAUGCUGAUCUUGGAAGUGCCAUCAUUCAGUAGAAUUGUGAAUACAACAUCUGAUACAGUUGGAGGUCUGAUACCAGGGAAUUAUUACACCUUUGUGAUCUGUGCAAUUGUUGGUAAUGUAAAAGGAAAAAACAGUUCUAUAUCUUUGUAUACAAGGCCAGAAAGUGUAACAAAUCUAAGAGUCCACAAUAUCAGCAGGAAUUCAUUGGAUCUUAGCUGGGAUGCACCAGUAGGAAACAAAAGCUUCUAUAUAAUAAGUGUCAUAGGAGAUCUCCUCUUUAAUAAGAGCACAGUCAAUGAGUCGAUCACCAUUGGAAACUUGACAGUAGGGAGCACUUAUUUGAUUAAAGUCUCUGCUGUAGCUGGUGACAAUGUUACACAGGGGAAUGCCAAGGAGAUCUUAGUCAAGACUCACCAGGCAAGCUUGUUUCUAUCUGUACGUUACUCAUCGCUGCUAACUAAACCAGAAACGGAACAGCUAUUAAUAUUGCAGAUUAACAGAUUUCUGGAGACAACAUUUCCUAAUGUAACUGCUACUGAGACACCAAAGGGAACAUGAUUUCAAUUUUGAUGUGUUGGUUAAUAAUAAAAAUGAUACAAAAUGAUGUUCUAAUUAAAAAUAACCAUCCGUAAACAUAAUAAUGGCAUUAUUGUCCAUACUAACCAGAUUACAAUUUGUAAACUGCUCUCCAAAAAUAAAAUGUUGCGUCUGAUUACUUGCUAAGGGCUCAUUUAGAUGACUGUAUUUAUGUGUCCGCAUCCAUUCUGCAAUUUUGCAGAACGUAUAUGGAUCCAUUAAUUUCAAUGGGGCCACAAAAGGUGUGCUGUCCACCUCCGUACUUCCAUUCCACGGCCCCACAAAA